UCCGCAGUUCCUGCUGCACAUAACAUCAUGUAAAAGACACCCCUUCUUUCGACAAGACCACAGCGUAUCAAGCCAAUUUCGCUGUGCGAUCCCAAUCUAUUUGGCAGGCUGAUGUAACUUGCCGGUAGACGGGAGAUCUUAUCGCCCACAUUGAAAUGAAUAGUAGCACUACAAUGUCCUAAGAGAGCUAGCAGGACGAGCUGGUGGAACUGAGGUAGUUAAUUCUAUAGGAAGGUGGUAAUAGGUUUGACGUACCUUUUGUAAAUGAUACAGGCUUUCCUAUGAUGCCGAUGCCUAUGAGAUGAAUGACGCGCAAACUGGAUAUCGGAGAGUGAUUUUUACGGUAUAACAAGAACACAUCAAUUCUGCGGUGCGGAGCAUCCUAACAAAGCGAUAGAGGAUCUUUUCCUGUUUUCUGGUACUCACUGUUCAUACCACAACCAAUGAAUCUGUACUUCGACCGAUUGUUUGCAAGCUGCAGGGUGGCUGAAAAAUCGUGGCAGUCGGACUGCGCAUCCCCUAAACGUAUCUUUUAUCGUUUACUAUGAACUUAUCGUUGUCUCCAAGUAGUUGAAGCACAUGAAUGAGGCUGAACGAGCGUCAAUUGAGGCGGCCGAUAAAGAAAUGAGGGGAACCAGGACGUAACACAUAGUGCGUGGCUGUCAACAACAGCCUGGUGUUUAGCCCGCUCAAAUGAGGAUAUAUCAGUGUACACGCAAAAAGUGGUACUACGAUAAAUAAAAGUUGCCGCAAAAGGAUUAUGGUGAAUAGUUGUGAAAUCAAGUUGGAUCAAGCAGAAAAUAUACAUAGAAUACAUAUUGAUAAUUAGUAAGUGCAACAAUCAGGCAAAAAUCAGGUAGUAAAAGAAGUAUCUCGAAUACCGUUUCGAUAACUGGCUAAAUCUGUGCGGUUUCAAACAGUCGAACGGGAUUUAAUGAAGAAAAGUGGUUACAAUCCAUUAGAAACUUGAUUACAAGUGAAACCUGGAUUGACUCAAGUUUAGCGGGACGGACAAACGAUCAACGAGCAAUUUAUUAGAAUGAUGGCACGCAAAAAAUAUUCGUCAUAUUAUACAAAGCUGGUUCUGAUUUUGAUACUCGCAGUAUCGGUGGGAUUGGCUUCAAAUAUCGUCCGACGAAGUGGGCCAAAAAUCAUCGAUCUGACUCAUUGGUGGGAUCAGAAGACAUUGUUCCCACCUACAAACAUAAAAAAUUUUACGAUGAACACAUACUUCCGUAAGACGGCCACUGGAGUCAUCUACCAAUCUGAGACGAUUGAAUUGGGCACCGAUGGCGGUACUCAUAUGGUGUCACCAGCCUUUCUCCUCAAAGGGAGAGCAACAGCGGCGCGACUUCCCCUGGACCGAUUGUUCCUUCCAAUGGCUGUUGUCGAUGUAUCACAUCAUGUCGUAAGAGAUCCGAACUAUCAGCUGCGCAUCGUCGACAUAAAAAGAUGGGAAGACAUGCAUGGCAAACUACCCCAGGGCGGUCUUCUAAUGGUCAACACUGGCUGGAGCAAAAGGUUCUGGGGAGAUGCUUCAAAAUAUUUUGGAACGGAUAAAAACUAUCGAAAAGGUAAAAGCAUGAACUACCCGGGCAUUCAUCCCGAAGCUGCGCAGUGGCUCGUUAGUCAGCGGCGUCUAUUUGCAGUAGGAAUUGACACUCCAGCAGUGGAUCACGGCCUUUCUAGAAAGUAUGAGUCACAACAGAUUCUCCUAUCUGCGAACGUCUACCUGAUUAACAACGUUGAUCACGUAUGGGCGCUACCUCCAGCGGGAGCGACAGCAUUCGUUUUCCCUAUGAAGAUCAAACAAGCAGCCGUUGUCCCUAUACGUCUCAUGGCACUGAGCCCUUGACUCGUGACCUUACGCUUCGCUCGCUUGACGUCAACACUAAUGGAACUGAACGUACAUUGUGCUCACUAUGGCACUAUUAACAUGCACAGUCCAUUGCACAGAGUAACAAUGCACAGAUUUCAUAAAUUAUUUCGAUUGUUAUCGAAUUAUCUAUUUCGGAGUUUAACUAGUUUGUCAGAAAUGCACUUUUAUUAUUACGCUUUGAUACGGAUCCUAAACAUGCUAAACUUAAGCUUUCCUAAGUUGAAUGCUCACCCCUUGCACACAUAAACGAUCAGUUUGCCGUGCUUACGUUAUUGCUAGACAUAUAUUUCUCUGUAUUUAAUCUAUUUCUAUUGGUAUAUUUCUUGGUGUGCGAUAACGCCGAAAUUUCGUGUCAGUUAGAGUAAGGGAAUUUCAAAGAUGACGUUUGCACUAUUUUUUAUCUCAUCGUCGCCCAAGGUCUUCUUGUUGGAGUCGGCCAGGGCUCAGAAUUAACUAACCGAUGACCCAGGACAAUAAGCGGCUGACGCUGAGGAUUUUUCAAGGAAGCCUCGUGCAAGCCUUGACACACACUUGAUUAUUGUAUGGCCAUAUUCAAAGUAUAUUGAAGUUGGUUUUUCGACUCCAACGCUAUAUAAACCGCAACAAGAAUUUUAGUACGUUUUUGAAUCUGGAUUUAAUUCUAAUUUUCCCCGUAAUGAAAGCUAAAGAUCAAGUCGUGGAGACUGUAAAUGUCUUCAGUAAGAUUUCCUCCUCCGGACAAGGAGACUAUUAUGAAACGAUAAUCGAUUCAUUUCAGUACGCGGCACCGACUUCUCUUAAAUGAAUACAGUUUUCGACUGAGACACACUAUAAACUACCAUAUAGCUAAAUUUAACGCAUCUUAAAAUCGAGUUAAAUUGGAGAAAUUGCAAAUGGCCCCGAAGAUAUUCAAUUAUAGACAUACAUGAAAGUUACACUUACUCCAAGAAACACCUAUCCAUAGCCGUGUGUUUUGGAACGGCUUGUUUCGGCAACGAUUGGCAGUAUGCUUCAUAUUUGCUUACGGACACGCAUAUAAAAUGGAUGGGUUUAAUUACAGAAAGCUAUUUGUGACAGCAACCAAAUAGCGCUUGUACGUGUCAAAUAAUGGAUCUUCUUAGAUUGGAUAGUGGAUAACGUUUCAAGCGGGAGUGCAACGAACCCCCAAAAAAGAGCAGUAUGCUCGACUUAACAUGCAACAAUCAGAAUCUGAAUGAAAAAUACCUACAUUUAUCUACUAUACCUUGUGUCGACUCGUAAAGAAGCUUUAAAAAGCAUCAAUGUACCAAACUGUCAAUAAAAUUCGUUAUCUCGAUUUUCCCAGUUAUCUUCUUCUUCACCUAAAUACUCGCUUCAUUCUCAUAAGGAGCUUCCUCGACGAUUCUAAAUAGUCACCUCCAAUCAUUACAUAGUCCAAUCCUACAACAGUUUUCGAUAAUUUCUUCUUUGACCAGGAUUUUCAAGAUUUUCAUCUUUUUUUUUUUACAAGAAACCGUGUUUUCGGUAGCUCUUCACUAUGAUACUGUGUGCAUUAAUGCAUUGCGGGUAUCGUCUUUUUGCUGGUCAGCGAUUUUUGGCUUCCAGAAAUUGGUUCGCGCAAGCGUCCGACCCUGAACGGCCUGAGAUAGACCAUUUAGAUAAGCAAAACCAAAGCAGCUCCUUAAAAUCGGCCAGCCGGCUAUUGUUGUAGGACAAGUUGAUCACAAUCAUUCCCCAAAAGCGCAUUCAAUAGGGCAGAAUGUGAUUUUUUCGCAAUAUUUAUGUAUUAAAUUUGUUAAAAACGGGCGCGAGAAGAACAGAGCUUGAAUCGUCUUCCUGUACCAGUAACGCAAUAUCAUUACAACGCUACUUAAAUACGCCAGUUCGGCGACGCCACUGUGUUAUUCUUUAGUAAUGAUAUUGCAGUGCCUAGUAAAUAUGCGAUGUUUGACCAGUGGUCUAUAUUUAAAUAAAUUUUUUCAGGAACUGAAGAAUAUAGUUCUUCAUACAGAGACAUUUUACUUUUGAGCUUAAUAGAAUCCUGAUGUAUGUAAGAUAAUAGUGGAGAGAUUAUACGUGCCAACAACUGAAAAGGCUAUCGCUAUGAAAAUUCUGUGUUUAUGUUUGUCAUUAUAUUUUCCCUACUGUGAGGCUAGAACAUACAGUAUGUCCCUAAAAUAUGCACUAUUUUACACAUCAUAUCUUUCUGAUUCUUCUUUCUUUUUAGAGGAGUAAUUAAAAAUAAUUUGCACGGACCAAAAUCGACCUGUGAAAAAAAAAAUUUUAAAAUACUGUCGUAAGUAUCAAUAUGUAGCAGAAGUACAGAAACAAUAUCACAGGAAGGUUCAGGCCGAUCCACCCAUAUGGAUUACGAUUAAUUGGAUCAGAAAUUAGCAAUACAUUUGAAAAAUCGUAGGUCAUUAUAUGGACGAGCAUAUAUUAAACGAUUAGUAAAUAAUACUGCUCGAGUUUCUGAGACUCGCUGAGCUAGUUAUUUUGAUUAAGGCUGAUAAUUCUGAAAAUUAAAUUAUCUAGAAAUAUCGAUAACUAAUAGAAGUACCACAAGUGCUUCAGUAGCCGAGUACGAUUUCGCAAUCAUACAUUUCCAGAUGCAUUUGUAGACGAUUAUUAGAUACAAGCAUGUACAUGCAUAUAGAACGUACAGUUCCAAGGAGAAGCGAGUCAACUUUUCUGUAUCAAACUAACUUAUGGAUAUGCAACGAUGAAAGUCACUAAUGUGCGACAACCAUGACUCAUAAGGACGACUGAGCCUGGCUUCUCCUUAGUAUAUUCGAUACACUAUGUGGUGCCACUGCUCGUUUCGCUGACGCAUCCAUUACUUCUAUGACGGUUAUAAUAAGUAAGAGGCUAGUGUGAAUCAAACAGGAAGAGUAAGCCCCUGUAAAGUAAUGCAGAAACUAUUGCGUGUGCCUACUCACAAUAUUAAUAUUUUCUAUAGACCGAAAAUUCACGUUGUCGAUGAGUUUGUUUUUCUUUUAUUGUUAUUACAUCUAAGGAAAUGUAGAUAUUCACCUAAAAGUAAAACAAUAACUGGGCAUCUGUUGUAUUUUGUAAUAAUAGAAAAAGCAAAUCUGUAAAGGUCAACACAAUUAUUCUAAUGUUUCCAUUGAAACAAUCCAUAUCACGUUGGCCUUUUUAGCGGAAUCGCACAGAUUUUCAGAUAAAUUGAUAUUUAUGUGGACGUGAUUGGGAUUUGGACAAUCGAAAAUAUUUGAGCUUAUAUAAAGUUCCCUGAGAACUGAGACUGCCAAGAUUUCACCUUGUACAAGUAUACAUGUUAUACGUUCCUUUUAAGAUGCCUAUCGUGGCCUUGAUUCCCUCAGCGUACUUCAAUUCAGCACGGACUUAUGCUAGACCAUAUAAAAUUAAAAUUCAUUUUCUUACCGGUUCAUCGAUAUAGCAACAUUAUUGCCGGUACUAUAAAGAGAACCCUAAAUUUUGGCAGUUUGUUACCGCUGUCGAGACUAAAACAGAUUAAAAUAUCAUUAUCGUAUCGAUAACAUACACGUUUAGAUAGACGUCCAUGUUCCCCAUAUUCCGAAGAGCAUUUUUAGGCGUUAGAAAAUGUGAGGCAUUCUUAAUGCAGCCGAACUGAUUGAGCAACUGAUUUGUGACAAGUAAGUGUUCACACGAUAUUAUUUCCUUUUUAAUAUGAUAUGUUUGUACCAGUGCAAACCAAUACACAUAUAUACGUAUAGGUGUUCAAAAAAAAGCUCACGGUAGCAACAUCCAACCGCUAUUUGUUAGGAAGCAGUUUGGUACUUCUAAAUUUUGUUGCCUUCCAAGAUUGGAUACCACUCGCGUGCGAAACGUCACACGGUGCAGCACGAUACUUCAUAGGAAAGGCUUGCCACACAUCUCCAUAAAACCUAAAGCAGCUGUCAAGAGAAAGGGAAAUCGUAUGGUCUCUAUAUCAAAAUAACAUCUUUAUCCUUUUGUUAGGUCGAGCCCAGUUGUAACAUAUAAAACGAUAUCACUGUUCCUCCGAAUGUAAUAAGCGACAUAUCAGCGUAUGAUAUAUGGCAAAAGCGCGAUUCAGUAUAUAUACCCGUGUUUAAAAUGAGUUCGGCAGAAAAUGAAUUAUAAUUUUGAUUGACAAAAGAAGCGUAAGCUGUUCUCGCUGAAAAUUGUAGGUAAGUUUGCAUGUACUAAUAUAUGUGAAUACUCUACGCCAAAUUUUCGAUUCCACAAUUAUUUAUACGAUAGUGAGAUUACUUUUUUCACUAAAUUAUUUCUAAUUUUUUCUUUUUUCACUAAAUUAUUAAAUAAAAGAUAAGAUAUUAUCACUAAAUUGUUUCUGAAUCCCUUUAGCUUAAAACAGCUAUCCGUAACACCUACCUGUGUACUACCGCAUUUAUUCGCAUAAGGGUUUAAUUACAACAUGCGAACCCUACGAAUCUUGCUGAUAAGUUGGCCGUCAUCCAACGCUUACGUAUCAACAAGCCGGCUCGUGGCCAUUGUCCUUCGUGUCAGUGAGAUCUGAUAAGAAUUUGUAUUCCCAUGGUUCUCCGGAUGAAGUACCCUACUGCCGUGAUUAUGGGCGUCCUGCCUAGGAAGAUUCAACGUCAUCACGAAGAAUAGUCCCGUGACAACUAACGCUAGCUACAUCCCAGACUUCCGGCAACGCUAGAUAAAUUAUCGCGGGGACAGAAGGAAUUCAAUUUUUUUUUUUCUACUUCAAUUAUCAUUUAUCGCGGCUCUAUGAGGUACUGCUGAUGUUCAGUUAGCCGUGGAAAAGGACUGAAUGUAAUAAGCUUUCUAACAAACACAAAACUCUUGCAGUAAGCGGGAUAGAAUUUAUGGUAAUAUAUGGUAUAAUUUUCAUACGCUUGUUUUCUUUGGUGAAUAUGUAAAAGACGAAUUUUUUCGAAACGAAAGAUGUCGUUUUCCGCAAUGAUAAUGUCAAACUAUAUAUGUUAUUACCUAGCCGGCAAAAAUUGGGAGGAUUUCAGUGUCUCCACCGCUAAACUACUAUCAAUUCCUGUAGAAAGCUUGUAAUAGAGUUUAUUAAAACUCAAUGGGGAACCGCAAACAUAAUUUGUUACUAUUUUUCGUCCAGAAAUCAUAGAAGUUACUGGCUGUAGUACUUCAGGUAAGUAAGCGUAAAAGUUUUUCGAUCGAUGAAAUUCGGUAUUCAUUGAAUAGUUGUUCAUAUGAUGCCUCGUUAAAGUUGAUUCUUACCUUAGAGAAAACUUGCUACAUGUGUGAAUAAUUAUCGUCAUCGAAUUACUAAAUCUCAUUAUCUCAGGAUGUUGAAACAAUUGUAUCUCGUUUACAAUUUGACAAGUACUCCUACCGUGUAGUGAACCGCAAAGAGCUAAUUUAGGUACAAAGCAACUCUAUGGAAAUUAUUAAUAGCAAACGCAGAUCGUGUGAAAUGACCUAACUUGAAACAUGUCGACACACGAGCUACUUUUUGUUACAAAUUUGUCACUUGUUUUCAAUUAAAUUUCAUUUGUAGACAUCUGAAUGUACACAUGUAAAAAGACUAACAUUCACUAACGAGAAUAGACCAGAUCGGAUAAUAUAUCUUGAAUGUUUAUUGAGCAAAGCGCUACUUUUGAAAAUUUGUCUGUGCUAUUUGGUAGGUUCUUAGAACAUUGUCGAAGGGAAAUGACACAGGAAAUGUUCAGGGAAAAAGUUUUUUCAGGACUUAGGUUCAGUGUGAGUCCUAUGAAGAGAGAACUACGCAUGCUUUUGGCUUGAAUCAUCCAUAAUCGAUACAUUCGUAACGCAGAAGCGUCGAAUACGGGGAAUCAGAGGGCUUUAAGUAUAGGGAAACGUAUUGCUAUACUUCAAG